GCGUCCCUGCCUGUCCCGACGCCAAACGUCGCCAUGAAGCGAGACCCGCAGUGCCCCGAGGAGUGCCCCAGCCGGCCCGAGCCCCCGCCGGCUCCUCGCAUCACCCCCGAGCCCACGGGGGAGGCGGAGGACGCGGAGCUGAAGUGCGGCUCGGCGCCGGUGUGGAUCUUCGGGUACGGCUCGCUGGUGUGGAGGCCGGGCUUCGAGUUCACGUCGCGCAAGGUGGGCUUCAUCCGCGGCUACAGCCGCCGCUUCUGGCAGGGAGACACCUUCCACCGCGGCAGCGAGAAGAUGCCCGGGCGGGUGGUGACGCUGCUGGAGGACUGCGGGGCGUGCACAUGGGGUGUAGCCUAUGAAGUCCGUGGGGAACAGAUCCCUGCAUCCCUCCAGUAUCUCAACAUGCGAGAAGCUGUCCUGGGAGGCUAUGACACCAAGCUGGUGAAGUUCCACCCUCAGGAGAAGGAUGCAGAGGAACCCAUCCAGGCUCUUGUUUACAUAGCAACACCCCAGAACCCUUCUUACCUCGGCCCAGCAUCUGAAGAAGACAUCGCAGCUCAAAUCAUUGUCUCAAGUGGCUGUGCUGGUCAUAACAUUGAGUACUUGCUGAGACUGGCAGAAUUUAUGCGUUACUUUUGCCCUCAAGCAGAGGAUAAACAUCUCUUCUCCAUCGAGGAGGCGCUUAUUUCCAUCCUUCCGUGCCUGUGCUGCACAGAAGAGUCUGUAGAAGAAACUGCAAGCAACCCUCAGAAGUCUAAGGGCUGAAAUAGGUUGCAGGUUCCCAGUAGAAGGGACAUAAGGGACAAAGCAAUGGGUACAGUCUUAACUGAUUAAACAUCCUGAAUAAAAGGAGCAUUAGCAAGGAGUAGGGGAAGGAGGAAGUGGUGUAAAACAUCCUUGCUAUAGGACUUGAGAUUACUAUUUGUUCCACUCCACAAUAGCUAUCACAGCUUUCCAGCUGGGGAGCAGGGAUCUUUUGCUGGAAUUCUGCUCUGUGAGACUUGCUUCCAGGGACAAACCUGAAGCACUCAGAGAAGAAAGAGGCUCUUCUAUUCUGUCUACUUCUUUCUUUUUUAGUUUGAAGACUAGUUGAGCAGGACUUGACUGGGUCUAAGCAGUAUACAUGUAAUUCUACCUCAGACUGGCAAAAAGCUCUUUGUGUAGUGGUGGAGACUUGGGCAGGUUCUGCCAAAUAAGACCUUUCAUUUUCCCCCCUGCCAUGUCCCACCUCCAGUACAAUGACCUGACACUAGAUUUCAGGACUUCUGUGCAAUAUUAAAUGAAGCAGCCUCUGUAGGCUCUUGUGGAUCCUAUUUCCUUAUGUUGUGAAGGAUCACAGUAAUGCACUUAUUUGCUAACAUGUAUUUAUUAUGUGCUGUAUUUCCCCCUAGGAGGGGUGUCUCAACUGCUCACAUGCCACAGCAGUAUGCAGCCCACAUUCAACCUUGCAUUUGUGCCUUCUAGUUUUAAAUCGGUUUCCUGAGGAGCUAAGCCUGCUUUAAUGACAGCAGCUUUUCUCCAAGCUUCACUGACCUUGUGCUGCUGCAGACUUAACUGACUGUAAGGAACGGUCCGGCCUGGGUGGGAAGUCUGUGCUGCCUGCAGGAAAUGCAGCAUCAUUUUUAACUAGCCCUGUACUGGGUGAACCUCUGGUGCUUCAGGAUAACGUGGGUUUCUAUAGAAGCAUAAGAGGGUUCUGUUUCCACACUCGGGUGUCUGGUAUGCGUUUAGCUGACUGCAGAGGACCAUGACUGAGCAUACUUGGCAAACGUUAGAGCUAUUGCCUCAAGAGCUGCUUCAAGCUCAGACUUUCAGCUUCACAUCACAACAGCAUGAAACCCCAUAGUAUUUUGUAAGUAAACUUGCUACUGCAGCAAAACAGCUCUUGGAAGCUGACCCCUGGGACACUUGACUCCUCCCAGGUACCAUGUGGGUUUUUUACUUAUACAAAAGGAUAGGGAGUGUUUGUAUUACUGUGGCUUGUAUGUAUAUGAGGUGGUACUGUGCUGUGCCCAGUAAUAAACCAAACUGACAAAGUUAGCCUUCUGUA